AAAUCAUGGAUCCGUAUGCCAAGGCUCAAGGCAAGCGAGUGAAGCCAAGGAUAUCUGUGAGAAAGACUUUUGGUGAAGGUGUACUGCACUCUAUGAAGUCAUUGUUACAGAGCAGAAAGGAAUUAUGCAGUGUAUCAGCGGAAGAAUGUUUAAAUCAUGAAGAACAAGCUCAUUUUCUUGAGAUUACAUUUAUAGGCUUUGCUGAAGAGAUCGGAACUGCUCCUUUGAAGGAAUUGACAGCUAUUUCUGGAGAGCUUCCAGAUGUCCUGAAAUCACUCCAGUUGUGCAAACUAAAAGAAAAUGAAGUUAUAUUUCUAAAAGAUAUAAAGAGAACUUUGGAAAAACCUUGUAUCAUGAAACAUCAGAAUCAACUUCCUGAAGUGCUUUGUGUGAUGAGGUUGUCCCCUUCAUUCCCAAGGAUCAAAGCUGAUUAUGUAUUUACCUUACUGAGUAAAUAUACUACAGGUAUAAGAUAUGCAGUGGAAAUAAACUCAUUGCAAAAACAUCAAACAGAGACAUCCCAUGCAGAAGAUGAUGAUACUAAUCAGUCAGUUUCUUCAAUUGAGGAUGAUUUCGUCACUGCUUUUGAACACUUAGAUGAAGAUGAGCCUUCAAAGAUGCAAAGUUUUGGGGCAUGCAGCUUUAGUUCCCGAAACCAUCGAGAUGUUGCUUCACAGACCAUCCCCGCCCAAUGUUUAGAGGCUGUAGACUCAAAAAUCCUUGUGGGUUCUGUACAUCGGAAGUCAUCUGCUAAAUCUUCUACUUUGGUUGAUAUUUUGGGACUUAAGGAACUGUCCUCGGUGAAAAAUUCAGUUACAACAUCAAUUUCUGAUCCUUGGAUACAGCGGAGUUUCUAUAAGCCAUAUAAUCCUUCUGAUCAAGGUGUUAAUUUUUUACGUAAAACGUUAUUUGCCUCCUCUCCUGCAGAAUCCUCUGAGUCAGAUUGCUCCAGCCCAAGCCCUGUUAUCUUCUUAGAUGAAGAAGGGUAUCAGAAAAGUUUGAAGGCAAAACUUCAACUGCCAAAAAUUCCAGUGGUGAAAGAUGGCAUAGAAGAUUCAGACUCAGAAGUAAGUGAAUUUUUUGAUAGUUUUGAUCAAUUUGAUGAACUUGAGCAAGCCCUGGAAAACACUUGUAAAGUUAUUAGGAAUCCAGUCCAAGGGAAUCCUCCUGUGAAAAGAAGGACUGCUCAUAAACAUCUGUGUUCUGCAAACGCUACAAUGAAUCCUCAAAAAUUCAAGUCUGAUCGUCCCACCCUUCCAGCCAAUGUAAGGAAGCCAACUCCUCGUAAACCAGAAUCUCCCUACAGCAGCAUCUUUGAGGUUCCAGAUUCUCCUCGCCCGGUUAAAACAUCAGGGGAAGAAAAUGGGGGUUUGUUCAGCCCCAUAAGAUCCUCUGCUUUCAGUCCACUAGGGAGCUGUGGUUCUUCUGAAUGUUUGUGUCGGAUGAACCUUGGUGGAGAUGGAACAGGGCAAAGCCACCAUGAUGCACUCUAUAAUACUUACUCAGAGUAUGCUGAUAGUUUUUCAUUUGAAAUACUAGGUUCCGUUUUUCAUUCCGAUUCUUCAUCGGAACAUGUAUGCCUAGAAAAUGAGUCCAAACAUAGCAGAAUUGCUUUAAAGGGAGAAAAAGGUCAAACUACAGAGCACAGAAUGAAAAGUGGCAAGGGACCAAAUAAGCAAGCUCAAUCGAAAAACAAGUCACUAAUGAUCAAAGAUAGCAUUCAAAAAUUUGCAACUGAAUUGGUUGAAAAAAGUUUUGGCAAUGCUUUCAAAGACUUGCAGAAAGGUGUUUCUUCUUGCACCAAUGCGCUUUGUCAUUUGGCUGCCAGGUUGACCUCUUCAGUCUUUCAAAUGGCAUUUUAUGAGAUCGGAAGGCGUAGAGCGAUUUCCUUGAAGGAGCGUGCCAUUAAUGGGCUGGCAGGCUUUUUGGUGAGCGAAGCUAUAACUGGUGCUUUGAAAGAACUGCGGCAUGUAAAGAAACAAAUAUUUACCAACACAGUUGCACGGUUUGCCGCAGACCUCGCCGAAGAGCUUGUGUUUGAAGGAAUCAUGGAAGUGUGCCAGUUUUCAUAUCCAUCAACACCUACAACUGCACAGACUUCAUCAUUUGAUUUUGAAGAUAAAGUGGUAAGAUCUUAUGCCAGAGACUUAUCCGAGUCUGUCAUUCAAGAGGCUUUUAUUGAACUAUCUCAGGUUGAUGUGACCUUCACGACACAAGCGGCCAUUAGUGUUUCCAUGGACAACAUUAAAUAUGUGAGUGCAGAAAGUAUGUUACAGUCAACACAGACUUCCACAGCUUUUCCUAGCUCUAAUGAUAGAGCAGCACUAAAUCCCACAGAUUCCAGGAAAGAAUAUACAGUGCAACAAGCUUUAUUUUGUACUUCUGGUGUUGUAAGUUCCAUACCUGUGCCCUUAGCUGGAAGAGCACUUUGUCAAAAUCAGGUUUCCUCUGAUGUUUAUAGAGCAAAAACAUGGGCUGCUUCAAACUCUGAUGACAAUAUGAAAGCGUACAAAGACUCUACUCGUCCAUUUUGUACAACUAGGAGGAGAGAGGAGGAAAUUGCUUCUUUCAGAAAUAUAUAUGUAACUUCAGACUCCAGUCAAAGUACUGAAGAAAGUCCAUCAUUCUUACAUAACCAAAAUGAUACCAAACAAGUAAAUGACAGAUCUGGAAUGAAUAAUAACUUAGAAUUAACAAGUGGGUCAAAAAGCAUCAGUAGUUUCUCUGGAACAAUGGUAGAUAUGAUUGUAAAUGAAGCCUAUGAAGCCAUAACUUCAUCCAGGGUCACAAAAGCAGUGGAAGAAUAUAAAGGUUUUUUAACAAGAAAAAUAGUAGAGAAAAAGCCUUAUUUGCAAUGCAUUGGUGAAGAUUUUCCCAAGAACAUGUUUGCAGACCACUUAGCCAAAUAUAUUGUAAAACAGUCCGUGGAUGAAAGUAGCAGCGUGGUACCCAACGCCUCUGAUUAUUUAGUAUAUAAUAUGAGCUCACAGACACAUGCAGAUAACAGUAGAAAAGAACAAAGUAGUGUGGUAAUGAAGCAGGAGGCUGAGAAGCAAAACAACAUUCCUAUAAUUGUUGGGCAGCAACAGAUGCCUCUGAGUAAUCCAUCUAAAUCUCUUCUUAUUCCAGCUCAUUCUGUUCAGUGUUCCUCAGAAUCUAAAGACAGUUGGCAGGAGCAAAAAGGGCGGAGGUUUCUUUCAAGUUCGCCACCACGUUGUUCCACUGUGACUUUUUCUAAGCAUGUUCUAGAAGACUUCACUGACACAGGAAGCUGCUCAGUAAAAUACUUAAAUAAGCCCUCAAAAAGGCAUGACACUGAAACAUCAUCAGGAUCUGCGACUUGCAGGCAGGAUGAUUGUUGUCUCCAUGCCAGCAGCUUUCCAGUUAUGUUUGGUACUGAAGAAGCUUUGCAGAUGGAAGAUAAAUCAGCUAUGAAGGAUGGAAAUACCUGUGCAAUGCCUGGGACACCCCCGCCAACACCCUUAGCACCAUGUCAAGCUAGUUCUGAAAAGAACCUGAGGAAGUUAUCCAAGAAACUCAAGGGAGAAUUAGCAAAGGAAUUUGCACCUGCAACACCACCUUCUACACCAUACAAUCCAUCUGUUACUGGCUCGUCUGAAGCUGAGCAUGACUCUCUGGAAAAAGAAGAAUUUAUGCUGAAACUCAUGCGGUCGCUUUCUGAGGAAGUGGAAAGUAGCGAAGAUGAAGAUUAUUUGGAAAUGCUAGUUGAGAAAGAGGAACAUUCAGCAAAAACAGUACAGUAUGCAGAUCACUUGGCUAGUCACAUAAUAUCGAUGGCGACUGAAAUGGCUGCUUCCCAAUUAGAUGAUAAAACAAAUGAAGGUGAAGGUAGUAAACAAGGGAAGUUAAAUAUGCCGAACAAAAGAUCUGGGUCUGCUGCAUUUGUAGAUAUUCCAGAAGAGACCUGCAAUUCUUUAUGGAAUUAUGCAGGGGAUAUGGCAGGAAGAGUCAUCAGUGAGGCCAAGAAAAUGGUGAAAUCCAGGCACUGCAAACUGCUGAGGCUGAAGCGGGUGAACUGCCAGGUGGAUUGCCUUUAUCUGAGAAAAGGUGAUAAAGGUGACAGUUCAAAGGAACAGUGGGGACCAGGACAGGACCAGUGCUCAGGGGAGAGGGAUUCUUCUGUGCUUCCUUUACCGCAAACCUUGGGCACGAUGGGGUUGACUUCCAAAUACCCAAGCUGUGAGAGUGUGACUGAUGAGUACGCAGAUCAUAUUAUUCGAGUUUUGAAAAGAGAAGGGGGUAAUACCGAGUUGUUAGUGGAUCAGUAUGCCAGUAGGCUUGUUUACAGGUCUAUAAAAUCAGGCCUGCAACAAGCUGCUAGGAAAAGUAAAUGGAGGUACAGCAGAAAGACAUUACCUGGGCAAAACACAGAGGUAAAUGGUAAGCUGGAGCUCGUCCAAGUAAUGAAUAAAGAUUCACUACAGCAAGCGAAAAGCAGAGUUCAUCCCUGUGAAGACCAGACGUGCACGAGGAGUGGCUGUGUGCAGGGCACGGCGCGUGCGGAGCUGUUGCACUUUUCAGAAUCCCUGGCGCAGAGCAUAACUUGUGACGUCAGGAGGAAACUGAGCAUGGCGGGAGCGUGUUUGCCAAAAUCUUUAACAGAUUCCUGCCUCUAUAGAAAGACUGAAAUGGAUGAAGUCACAGGGGACCCUAUUAAAACAACCCCUUCUAGGACGUUUCAUCCCUUCUCCCCAGAGCAUAAGCUGUAUCAUAGCACAGGCAGUUUAAAUGAAAAUGGUUACAGCGAAGGCAUAAUUCAAGCUAUAGAACAAUAUGCUAGGAAAGUAGCAGAUGAUACUCUAGAAAUGAGUUUGGAAUCUGCUGUUCACCGUGCAGCUGAACACAGGAAAAAUGGGGAUAGGCUCUCAUAUACUGAGCAGCUGUCGCCCUUUUCUGGAACCGUGUGCAGAUGCUGCAGUAUGAAGGAACAUCAGUACUGUGCAGAAAAUGCGUCCCGUCUGCCUGCCCAAGAAUCCUCCCUCCCAGCGAGGCAUUUCCCCCCUUCUAGGGUGGGCGGGGUCUGUCAAAAAUCAAAAAUACUUCACCUUGAUAUCCCUACAAUUCAUAUUGACGUAGAACAGAAGGCAGUGUUUUCUGACAAGGUGGUUGCCGCAGCUGUUGAGAAAGCAGAGAGAGAACUGAGUAACGCGAGUGUGACGGCUGACAGCGGCAUUGGGCACGACGGAGUGAGUUUUGCCGAAAGCCUUACUACUGAAAUAAUGACGGCAGCUAUGACUAAUAUUGGUCAGGCAGUUAACGUCAGCUCUACUGGAAGAGAAGGAUUUCACUCGGUUGAAUCUGUUGUUAGCCAGCAGAUGAGUCUGAGUAUUGGUGAUGAUAGCACUGGCAGUUGGUCCAAUCUAAGUUUUGAAGAUGAACAUCCUGAUGAAAGCAGCAGCUUUCUUCACCUCAGUGACAGGUAA